UCAUUUUUUGCAGAUGAACGGGAAUCAUUGCUUGUAUCCUUCUAGGAGAUUAUAGCAUCCUUGAAACCAAAACCAGCCAACGUGAUUUAAUUCAUGAUUGAUUUAGGUUUGAUGUUGUGCUAGUUUAGAUCAACCAGAACCACUGGUACUGAUUGGACUCAUGAUUCGGCAAAUCUUCCUUUCUUCACUAGGAUAGAAUAUUUGGGCCAAGUUCCGCAAAGGUGUAUCACUGCUAUCCUUGAAUGCAUAACCCAGUAUCACCAGUCAUCACAACAGCCGAUCGAGAGCCAUUUGUUUGAGAAAUCAAAUCUAUUAAACUAGAUAUCUCCUUAGAAAACCAGCAAAUCCAUAAGUCUAGCUAUUAUUCCGAGUCCAGAAACAUGCCUUACGUGAAGCAUAAAACUUCAAAAACAAAAUACAAAAAGAUGAACUUCAAAACAAAAGAGUGGUCUGAAAGAGCGGACCCUUUUGCUUAAUAUAUAGUAUAGAUUGCUUUGCUUAUUUGCCGCGUAGUUAGUUAAUCAAAAAGCCAUUACUAAGCGUACUACUUUAUCGUGCAAGGGUUUUUCCGUUUUUCCCCUUUUGUAGCAACACACGUUGGGGUAGAGCCUAGUCUAGAGCUUGUGAUUAAAUUCAUUUUUGGACCUUGUCGAUACAUGUGUUAUCAUUUUAUGUACUUUUGCCAUAUGGGAGAGUAUCCUUGUCUACACACUGACAAUCACCUCACUGGUUAGUGUACCUCGACGGUCCUCGAGUUUAUAUCGCCAAUUAAGUUGAUGGAAGAUCAAGUUUUCCGGUGAUUUUUUCAUUGGCAGAGAACAGGAUGCGUAAACGAGAGGACUUGCUAACGUACCGAUUCAAAGACUAGAUCUAGCUCCUCAAUGACACAUUGAGUUUGUUUACCGAACGAUUUCUUUUGGUUUGGUUUUGAAGAGCUGAUUGUCUCCGUGUUGAAAUUAAAACUAUUUUGUCACGUUUGAUUGGAGUCUACAAACUCCAAACCAAACCUUUACCAGAACUGCAAAACCUUAUUCACAUAAUUCAUGCUUUCAAACAAACCCACCUUUAUCUUCUCAUAUGAAAUGAUAAACCCAUAAUUUCCUUUGUGCUUGCUUUUUUUGUGUUUAUUUAAAAAAAUGCAAUGGAGCUGUGUAUAUAUUGCGCACACCCUUUGCCUUUCUUCAUUGCAAAAGAGAGUGAGGACACAGAAUAUCAAUUCAACCUCCUCUCUUGAUUCUUGAUCACCAGAGAGAGAGAGAGAGAGAGAGAGAGAGAGAGAAUGAACGGGGAUUUGAAGAAGGCCACACCUGGCAAAGCUACAAUAUUAGCUCUAGGGAAGGCAUUCCCUCAGCAACUUGUGAUGCAAGAGUUUCUGGCUGAAGGGUACUUCACGAAUACCAACUGUGAUGAUCCCGAACUCAAGCAGAAGCUAACUCGACUCUGCAAAACAACCACAGUGAAAACAAGGUACGUGGUGAUGUCAGAAGAGAUCCUAAGGACAUAUCCUGAGCUUGCCAUUGAAGGCCUUCCCACUGUGACCCAAAGGCUAGAAAUCUGCAACAAGGCCGUCACUCAAAUGGCCAUUGAAGCCUCUCAAUCUUGCAUCAAGGACUGGGGCAGGCCCAUCUCGGAUAUAACCCACUUGGUCUAUGUUUCCUCGAGUGAGGCCCGGCUUCCUGCUGGUGACCUUUAUUUAGCCAAAGGGCUCGGGCUCAGCCCGAAAACUCAUCGGGUCAUGCUCUACUUCAUGGGCUGCUCUGGAGGCGUGGCUGGGCUUCGCGUUGCAAAGGACAUUGCUGAGAAUAACCCGGGUAGUCGAGUUUUGCUCGCAACUUCUGAAACAACCGUCAUUGGGUUCAAACCACCAAGCGCGGCAAGACCAUAUGAUCUAGUAGGGGCUGCACUUUUUGGGGACGGUGCCGGAGCUAUGAUAGUAGGCUCUGAUCCAGUUUCAAGCAUCGAAAGACCUCUUUUCGAGCUACACACGUCGAUUCAAAAUUUCUUGCCAGACAGUGAGAAAAUCAUUGACGGGCGACUCACGGAAGAGGGGAUAAGUUUCAAACUGGAUAAGGAACUGCCACAGAUAAUUGAGGACAACAUUGAGGGAUUUUGUGGGAAUCUAAUGGAGGUCAUUGGUUAUGGUGAAAAAGACUAUAACAAAAUGUUUUGGGCCGUCCAUCCGGGUGGGCCGGCGAUUUUGAACCGGUUGGAAAAGAGGAUGGGCCUGUCGCCGGAGAAACUCGGGCCGAGUCGGAGGGCUCUGGCUGAUUAUGGGAAUGCUAGUAGUAAUACCAUAGUGUAUGUGCUGGAAUAUAUGAUGGAGGAGAAGCUGAAAAGGAAGAAAGAAAAGGAAGAGAACAGUGAAUGGGGUUUGAUUCUGGCUUUUGGGCCUGGGAUCACUUUCGAGGGCAUUCUUGCUAGAAACCUCAUUGGCUGAGAAUUAUGCUGCAUUUUUACAUGUCAUUGCAAUUUGUUCUCUUCUGAUUUUCCUUUUGAAAACGUUGAUUAUUGCUUUCCCUUAACUUGAAAUGAAAUUGCUAUGAUUUGAAUGCCCAGAAUCUUCUGAUUACCUGAUUUGUAUAAAAAACAGAGAACUUCGGGGACAAUAGAUAUGAAUUGAAUUCUUGAGAAUACCAUUUUCACCUUUGGCCUUAGCUAGUUGGCCAGAAAUUGUGAUCACUAAAACUCAACCGUACCGUUCAUAGGGGGACCCGGGGACCCUGUAGUGACAAGCGAGAGAGGUGAAAUUUAAUUUUACUGAACAAACAUUUGCAGUAUUAUAAAACUAAACAUCCAAAUAUACAACAACUUGAGUUCAUAGACUGGUAAACCUUUCUAACACAAAACACUUUCACUAAAAUAUAUUACGACCACAAACAGAA